AUGGCUACAUUGCCACACGUCGCCGCUGCACUGAGACGCGCCGACGUCGUUUCGACACCUCACGGUCUCGACGCUCUCAUCCACGCCUUGAAGCAAGAAUUGAAAGACGUGCUCACCGAGAGAUUCAACAUGCGCGUCCAAACACUGCCACAGGAGCUCCAAGAUUCCAUUCUGGAGUGCGUCAUCACCGAGAAGCCUUCUGAGGAUGGCGUCAUCUACAUCGACGAGACUUAUAAGCCGCCGCUCGCGCUCCAGCUGAAUCGCAAAAUGCGUGCCGCGUUCGCACUGGAGUACUAUGGCGGUGACACCAUCUUUCAAUACAUGUCUCCAGAAGCCCCUCACUCGCCACCAUUGCCUACGGGAGUAGAAACCAGACUGCACUAUCCUCAUUUAUCAGAUUUUGCAGUCAAACCGCUCCGAAACUGGUUGUCCAAUCUGGAACACCAGUACCGCACCCUGAUCAGUACCAUUCGACUCGAUUGGAAAUACCCUUCGAAGCGAGAUGAAAUUCUACGAGGGUCCCUGGGUUCGCAUUGCUAUACUGCAUUGGUGGAGACGUGGAUCGCAGAUUCGCGGGAACGCCAAAAUGGUAUCACUCUCAUUAACAAGAGAGUUCUUGUCUUCCGCCUGCGAUCCGAUGGGGGAGAUAGGUGGUAUCGUGCAGACUCAGAUCUUGUUUACCAUCUCAACCACGACGAAAUUAUGGAAGGUCUCCUCUAG